CAAUGCAGCAACCGGCGGUACGGCUGCUGCGGCUGAGUCAGGUGCCGUAUGCCGAGCUGCUGGCGCUGCAGGAGCGCUGGCUGCGGCGGCUGCAGGCCGAGCCAGGGACCGAGGCGGGCGCGCUCCUGCUCUGCGAGCCCGCGGGGCCCGUGUACACCGCCGGACUGCGCGGCGGCCUGACGUCCGAGGAGGCGACGCGGCUGCGGGCCUUGGGUGCCGAUGUGCGCGCCAUUGGCCGCGGCGGCCUAGCCACCUUCCACGGCCCGGGCCAGCUGCUCUGCCACCCCGUACUCGACCUGCGACCCCUUGGCCUGCGCCUCCGCGCCCACGUGGCGGCGCUGGAGGCGUGCGCCGUGCGCCUGUGCGAGCUCCAGGGCCUACCAGGUGCCCGCGCGCGGCCCCCACCCUACACCGGCGUCUGGCUGGGCGAGCGCAAGAUCUGCGCAAUCGGAGUCCGCUGUGGAAGGCACAUUACAUCUCACGGCCUGGCGCUGAACUGUUCUACGGACCUCACGUGGUUUGAGCACAUUGUGCCCUGUGGGCUGGUUGGGACAGGUGUCACUUCCCUGAGUAAGGAGCUCCAGAGGCAUGUCACUGUGGAUGAAGUAAUACCACAUUUCCUUGAGGCCUUUAAAGAGACCUACAAGUGCACAUUGAUCUCAGAGGACAGCCCCAGCUGAAGGGCAUUUAUAUUAUCACAGCCUGGAGGUCCUGCCUUGGAAAGCACCACACCUGACUUGGAGUCACUGAAACCCAGAUUCUAGAUCCAGCCCUGUCAUUCACACACCAUGAGACUAUGGGCAAAUCAUGAGCUCUGAGCCAUUGGUUCCAUAUGUAUCCUGGUUUAUUUAUAUCUUCCCCACCUACCUCAGAUAUAGAUGUGAAAAUAUUAUGAAAAGCAUGCUGUAUAAAUUUAAGGCAUUAGCACUACCAUUGACACCAUUUUCUCAGCUUAGAAAAACUCAGAUAUCAUAGAGUGUCAUUUCUCAAAUAUUUAUUAUUUCCUCAAUACUGUAUUCAACUGGGGAAGCCUGGGCUCCAGUUCCUUUGAUUUUUGUAAGAAACAUUUCUCUGGAUCAUCCAGGUGAAGGUGAUGUGAUGUGGUGCUUUUUCAUUCUCAGGAGACCUGAGUGCUUUCUGCAAUAAAAGGGAAAGGGAGGGGCUUCCCUGGUGGCGCAGUGGUUGAGAGUCCGCCUGCCGAUGCAGGGGACACGGGUUCGUGCCCUGGUCCGGGAAGAUCCCACAUGCUGCGGAGUGGCUGGGCCUGUGAGCCAUGGCCGCUGAGCUUGCGCGUCCGGAGCCUGUGCUCCGCAACGGGAGAGGCCACAACAGUAAGAGGCCCGCGUACCACAAAAAAAUAAAUAAAUAAAAAAAAUAAAGGGGAAGGGAAAGGCCUCUUUAAAGAAUAAAAUGGGAUUCUGUGUUCCUGGGUUGGAUUCCUCAAGCCUGAUAGCUAUUUUUAGUUAGGUAACCUAAGCUAGGCCAGAGGCUAGGGGGAAGAGAAGAAUAAUUUCUCACACUGUACAAAUGCCAAAGAUAGAAGUAAGUUUUUCUUAUACGAGAUCUCUGUUUGUAAGGUUCUAUAGUAAUUAUCUAUUGCUGUGUAACAAAUCACCCCAAAACUUAAUGACUUAAAAGAAUAAACAUUUAUUAUCUCGUAUAUUGUGGGUCAGGAAUUCGGGAGAAGCUUAGUUGGGUGGUUCUGGUCAGGGUGUCUCAGGUGCAAUCAAGAUGUCAGCUGGGGCAGCUCUCAUCUGAAGGUUUGACUGGGGCUGGAGAAUCAGCUUCCAAGAUGAUUCACUCACAUGCUUGGUUGGUACUAGUUGUUAAAAGGAGGCCUUAAUUCCUCACCUUAGUUCCUCAUCAUUCCACAGGGCUGCUUGAAUGUUCUCAUGACCUGGCAACUGGCUUCCCCCAGAGCAAGUGAUGCCAGAAAGAGACAAGGUGGAAGCCACAAUGUCUUUUAUGACCGAGCAUUGGAAGUCACACAGUCAUUUCUGCAGUCUCUUAAUAUGUGAGCCCUAUUCAGUAUGGAAGAGACUGCACGAGGGUGAUAGGAGGUGAGGAUCAUUAAGGGUCAUCUUGGAGACUGACUACCACAGGCAGUUAGAAUAGAAAGAACCUUGAAUGAGAAGUCAGGCAACUCUAGUUCCAGUCCUGGCUCUGUGGGACAGUAACCAACAACAUUCAAGAUGGCGGUUGCUUCCUGAGGGACUGCAAUGAGCAGAGCUCCCUGCUGCUGAUGGACAUGUGGUGGAGUUCCGCCACCAAAAUGUGAGGGUUGUUCAUUACCACAGCAUAACUAGCUUAUGCUGACGGAUAAAAUAGUUUAUAUUAAUUAGGACUCUUGUAUUUGCAAGUGUAGAAACCCAACUCAAACUAACUUAAGCAAAAACAAACAAUCAAACAAACCUCACAAUGGGAGGGUUAUUGGAAAAGGUACUGAGAGGGUCUCAUAAAAUCCAAGGGUGGGGCUGCAGCUGGGCUCCAGAACAGAACCAGAGCAUGUAGCCCUUUAGGAACCCACAUGGUCUUUUCUCUCCUGUUCUCUGCCGUGAGUCUUGGUGUGUUUGCUUCAUUCUAUCUUACUUCAGUCCAGCUUUCUUUGUUUCCCAGGCCAUGUAGUGGAAGAUGGCUACUGCUGCUGUUAUCCAUGAAUGUUGCAGUAGAGUCAAGGAAAAUCCCCAGGUUUCUGGCUUGAGCAAGUGGGUGGAUGCUAGAGGUAUUGCUGGGAUAGAGAACUCUGGAUAAUGACCAAGUUUGGAGAGAAUAAUAAUGAGUUCAGUUUUAGGUAAAUCAGGUUUGAGAUACUUGUGGAAGAUGUAGGUGGAGAAGGCCAGUUGGGUGUUUGAAUCUGGAGCAUGGCUGUGAUGAGCGAUGGUUUCGGUCUGGGAGUCCAAAGAGAAGGGGAGGGCAGAGGACUGAUAAAUGUGAGGCACGGGCCAAGGAGGAGCAGGCCAAGGAGACUGAGAAGCAGUCUAGGCAGAGACAUAGUGUGGGACCCAGAAUGAGACAACACGACGAUCUCAUUCACUCUUCUGGCAGCACAGCAAGAUAGGUAGGCUUAUUUUAUGGAUGAAAAAACUGAGGCCUGGGAGGCUAAGUGAGUUAUUUGAGGUCAUGCACUUAGUUAGGGGCAGAGUCAGUCCCUGGCUCCUAAUCUGGGCUCUUUUCCACUCUUCCACAGCUGCCUCUGAAGGGUGAGCAGGGCAGGUAUCCUGGAGGAGACAGGCCUCCAAGAACAGGUGGGUCGACAGAGCUGAGGAGGACGCAGGGCAGAAGGCCAGAUUUAGGCUGAGGCCGGACAUGUGGAAUUGGCUCAGGCCACUGCUGUGGGUUCCUGACUCUCCUUCCUUUCUGGACAGAGCCCACCUACGCUUUCCCACUGGGGCCCUUCCUCAAGGAAGGAAGCUGAGUGUACGAAAGAGGAUAGUUAACACCCUGGCUUUUCCACCUCCAGAAAGCCUCUUCUUGUUUAUGAGAAGUCUUUUCCUCAUAAAUAAACAAAUUGUCCAAGGUCUGGUGAAUGAGUGCUAAGUGUGAGGACGUGACCAACUGCAGUGACUGGCCCAGCAUCUUGUUCCUUUGGCAGGAAACCAAACAGAACCUGCUCUGACAGUGUGACCAGGUGCACCUCGCUUCAUGAAAAAAGCCUCUGACUGAAAACCUUCAUGGAAAUCAGAUAUUUGCAAUCAAAAUCUAAUUUUUUCACUAAAUUGUAAUUUACCUUACCUAUUAUCAUACCAUAUUAUAAUAACUAUAAAGUUUUAACAAACAACAACACUUGCACUCCCACCUAAAAAAACAUUCUUUUCAUUUGUGUGUUUCCAGCACUUGAUUAUGAGCAGACAUCUUUUAUUAUUCUAUUCUAUUCUGUUUUAUAAUUCUAUUAUGAAUUAUUAUGUGGAUAAAAUUAUGUAUACUAUUUUAAACCAUAGUAUUACAGAGAUUUUCCCACAUUGCUAGAUAGUCUUUAUAUUUUUAACAUUUAAUCUUGUUUUUAUUUCUUUUAAAACUUAGAUCUUUUAAAAAAAUAUAGGCAAUGCAUAUACAUGGAAUAAAAUUUAAAAGGUACAAAAUGCUACCAUUGUAAUGUAAGUCUUAUUCCUAUCCCUUUCCCCUGUAAACCCAGUCCCUUUCCUGGAGGCCUAAAUGAUGGUAAAUGUCUUAUUUAUAUUCUUCAUAGAUAUUUUAUAUAUACAUAUAAGCAUACAUGCUUAUAUGUGUACAGUCUUUUUCAUAUAGCAGCAUACUAUACACACAUCCCUUCACUUUGUAAGAUUGUUUCAGGUCAGUAUAUAAAGAACAUCCUCAUUUUUAAAAACGGCCGUGGAGUCAUCCUCAUUUUUCGAAACAGCUGUGGAGUAUUCCGUUCAGUGGAUUUACCAUGACUUAUUUAGCUAGCCCCCUAUUGAGGAUGUUUAGGUUAUUACUAAUCUUUUUCUUUUACAAAUAAGGCUGCAAUGAAGAUCCCUGUAUAAAUGUGCAUGUGUGUCUGUGUGUGUGUCUGCAUAUUGUAUCACACACGGUGAGCACAGAGUUUGCGUUUCUAGAAGUGAUUUUCUGAGUCAAAGGACAUGUGCAUUUUUAUUUUAAUAGAUACUAUCAUAUUGCCUUUCAUAAAACAUACCGAUUUAUAUUCCCAUUGGCAAUGUACAAUGCCUGAAUUUUAAAUGUUCUAGCAUCUUAGAUUUUUCUUCAUCUUUAAAGCUUUUUAUUAUAAAAUCUUUCAAACAUACAACAAACCCCAUGAACCCCAUGUACGCAUAACGCAGGUAAAACAAUCAACUCAUGGCCAUUCUUAGUUUAUCUAAACCAGUGCCUAUUUCCUGCCUCCUCCCUGGAUUGUUGUGAAGCAAAUCACAGGUACCAUAUUAUUUCAUGCAUAAGUAUUUCAGUAUGUAUUCCCAAAAGAUAAGGACUCUUUAAAAAAAACAUAACCACAGUGUGUCAUAACACAUAUAAAAAAUACUUAUUCAAUAUCAACAAAUAUUCAGUUAAUAUUCAGAUUUCUUUCUUUCUCCCUCUUCCCCUGCUCCCUCCCUCCCUCUGUCCUUCCUUCCUUCCUGUAGUUGGUUUGUUCAAACCAGGAUUCAAACAAGGUCUACACGCUGAAUUUGGCUCAUAUGUCUCAUAAAUGUCUCUUUUCACCUACGGUUCCCCCGCCAUCUCUUUUAUCUUUUUCUCCUGCGUUUCCUGAAGGUUAAAAAGUAGAUCCUGACAAUUGGCAUGAUUCAGGUAUGAUUUUUUUUAGCACAUCUGCUUUGUAGGUGAUGGUGUGUUCUUACAUCAAGUAGCAUGUAGUAUCUGUUUUGGGGGGUUUUUUUCCUCUUUUUUUUUGUGAUGACUGUGCCCUAGAUUCAUUAUUUUAUUAGGGGUUUGCAAGAUGUGAUACUCCGAUUCUAUCAUUCCUUCUUCACUUACCAGCUGGAAUAUGUCUAUAGACCUGGCAGGCUGAGUGCAAAAGAACUCAACGUGUCCGGUAGCAUUAGUGUUAUUAGCAUUUUAUUAGAUUUUUAGUUUUGUUCAUUUUCAUUAAAAUUUGUAUUGAAUAAAUACUAUGUAAAAGAUUUGCUUUUACAGUUGCAUUGGAGUUUAAACUGAGUUUAAAUUUGAACAUAUUUAGGUUAUCAGCACUGAGUACCUCAAUGAUUUUUUUCCUUUAAAAGGGGUUCCUAAAUCAUUCAAGUUCAUGAGACACUGGUAUAAGGCUAUAGUGUUACAUUUUUUCAAUUUACCUAAGCUUUUCUAAGCCAGAGACUGUUUCUUUGUUUUGUUUGUUUGUAUCCUAGCAUGUGAAAGGAAACAGUGGUUCAAUGACUGUUAUUAUGAGGAAUUCCCUGUAGCUUUGGUCCUUUUGUUGACAGACAUCAGUAUCCAGUCUGUGAAGUGGUCAUCCCAGCCCUGCUCACACAGCUCCAGACGUGGAGCAUUCUUCAUAAUUCUGAUUGUUAGAAAGUUGUUCCUCAUCCCAAACUGAAACCUGCCCUCAACAGUGUCAUAAUUCUGCCCUCCUGUAAGUCCUCCUCUGAGAGGUCUUCCCUGGCCACACUGUGCAUCCCCCUCGGGUGGCAGUGGACCCUAUAAUGUAGUUACUUAUUUCCAUGUCUGACCCCGUCCAGACUGUGAGCUCCCCAGGCAGGGACUAUAGCUGUAUCACCCAUGGCCCUCUCAGGACCAGCCCAGGGCCUCACACAGAGGUGCCCAGAAAUGGCCUGUUGAGUCAGCAAAUGAAUUCUAUCCUAGGAGCGGGCUCUUCUUCAAGUUAAACUUUCCUGAUUCUUCUGUUCUUCAUAAAAUAUGGCUUCCAGAUUCUGCCCCCACUGCCCUCAUCUCAACAGGUUCCAAUUGGCUAACAUGGCCUUAACCUGUGUUGCCUGAAGAUAACAUGCCUGGUGCGGUCCGGCCAGUGUUGGGGAAGCUAGUAAAAUAAGACUUGUUCAGGCUUCAGAGGCAACAAUAGACCUUUGACUAAAAAAGACCCUGGGGCUUCCCUGGUGACACAGUGGUUGAGAAUCUGACUGCUAAUACAGGGGACACGGGUUCGAGCCCUGGUCUGGGAGGAUCCCACAUGCCGCGGAGCAACUAGGUCCGUGAGCCACAAUUACUGAGCCUGCGCAUCUGGAGCCUGUGCUCCGCAACAAAAGAGGCCGCGAUAGUGAGAGGCCUUCGCACCGCGAUGAAGAGUGGUCCCAGCUUGCCACAACUAGAGAAAGCCCUCGCACAGAGAUGAAGACCCAACACAGCCAAAAUAAAUUACUAAACUCCUAAAAAAAAAAAAAAAAAAGACCCUGAAAGAGCUACAUGCUGAACUGCUAGACUACAUGCAGGUCAGCAGAAACGGUGCUAGCAAGUCUUGGGAAUCUGGCCAGUUCCCGGGGAUCGGCGAACAUUCUGAGACUUACAACUAAAGUAUCAAAGCAUUUGCAAUAACAGCCAGAGCUGCAUAUCUUCACACAAGCUGAUGAUCCUCAGUUUGCAGCUUGGCGUUAAAAGCAGGACUCCUUUAGGCGCACUCUGCAGUCUCACCCGUGGGGUGAACACACCACCUGGGACCUUCCCAAUUGGGACUCCAGGUUGCUGUGCAAGGGACUUCCCAGCUGCUGCUUGGAUCUGGAAGUAGGUGUCGGCCCAAUUCGGUGAUGUAUGCUCUGUUAUAUACUCUGUUAAUAUUCUUACUCCU